AUGCCUCCCCAAGAGAAGAGCUCCCUCAAGCGAGGCCGGGCCACGGCCGAUGCAGACUCGCAGAAGAAACCUCGACGUUCCCAGAGAAUCUCAAGCCAGAUCGACCACGAAACACCGGUCGACUUGAACUACUUGCCAACCCCGCAAACUGGCGCCCAAUCAACCACUCCAGAGGCUCGUAAGGAUGUGACCGUGACACCCCCCGAAAGCCCACAUCAACCCCCAUCCCAGUUGGGUUCGUCCCAGAAUGGUUCCUCCCCGCCCCCGGAGGACACCCAGGCACUGUCGCAGUUUGUGUACCCACCCAGGGCGUUCGCGGAUGAGGUGGAAGAUGAGGACGCAGAAGGAGUCUGGGGCUACUUGCUCGCAUUGGAUGAAAAGGGUAACGGCCCCUUGGUGCUGAGGAAGCGUGACGGCUGCCACAAAACCUGUGAUCUGAAUAGUGACAAGGGCAAUGAUGACAAAAAGCCGCAGCCAUCCAAGAAGGCGCAGUCACCUGGCGGCUUCUUGGUGGGCCGUCAUCCUGAGUGUGACCGUGUCCUCGAAAUCCCCACUAUUUCGAACCGGCACUUCCUCGUCUUCGCUGAGAAUAAGAAAGGCGAAACAGUUGCCAUUUUAGAAGAUCUUUCCAGCAACGGAACCUUUGUGAAUGAUGCAAUCGUUGGGCGCAACAAGCACAGGGAACUACAAGACGGGGACGAGGUCUCUAUUCUGAAUGAGACGCGGUUCGUCUUCCGCUACCCUCGCACGCGCGAAACCCAGGGGUUCCGUCAGCAAUACCGCAUUCUUCAGCAGCUUGGGAAAGGCCACUUUGCAACCGUCUACCUCUGCGUGGAGAAAUCUUCUGGCGACAAAUAUGCUGUCAAGUAUUUUGAACGGCGCCCGGGAGAUUCACAGAGGUCGUCCCAAUCGGAUGAUGCCCUGCAGCAAGAGAUUGCACUUCUGAAAGGCGUGAACCACCCUAAUUUGCUAUGCCUGAGGGACACAUUUGACGACCACGAUGGCGCCUAUUUGGUCCUUGAACUAGCCCCCGAGGGAGAGCUAUUCAAUAUGAUUGUCGAGAGAUCUAAGCUAGGCGAGGAUGAGGCUCGCGGUGUGUUCCGCCAACUGUUUGACGGAUUGAAGUAUUUGCAUGAGCGAGGAAUUGUGCAUCGUGAUAUCAAGCCAGAGAACAUUCUGAUUGCCGACCAAAAGUUGCAUGUGAAAUUGGGUGAUUUUGGUCUUGCGAAGAUCAUUGGAGAGGAGUCAUUCACCACGACUCUCUGUGGGACACCGAGCUAUGUGGCUCCUGAAAUUUUACAAGACAAAUAUCGUCGACAAUACACCAAGGCUGUAGACGUGUGGUCCCUUGGCGUGGUGCUUUACAUCUGCCUCUGUGGCUUCCCGCCAUUCUCGGAUGAGCUGCGAACGCCCGAGAACCCCUACAGCCUCGCCCAGCAGAUCAAGAUGGGCAAGUUUGACUAUCCGUCCCCGUAUUGGGACUGCGUUGGUGACCCAGCCCUCGACCUGAUUGACCGAAUGCUUACCGUGGACGUUGAGAAACGAAUCACGGUGGAUGAGUGCCUCGAGCACCCUUGGAUGACUAACAAGCAUCCCAGUGUCAACGACAGCACGGACGGCCUUGCCGGGGAUUUUGGGAAAAUGGACUUCUCUAAGCGCAAGGUCCAGCGGGAACGCACUUUGCUCAGCAGUGUCAACGAUGCUCACUUUGACAAGCGCGCUGAGGGCAGCGAGACCCCGGUCAAGGUGUUUAACAACGAACCUGGCAAACGUGUUCACAAUCGGCCCGCCAAGCCCCGGGAAGAGGCCCCUAGUGGCAACCGGGAGGCCAAAGACUUCAUCAACAUUGGCGAACGUGGAGAUCCCACACUGUACGAUCACUAG